AAUUAGAUUAAAUCUCAUCUUCAGAUUUAUCUUGAUGAUAUUGUUCGAUGUUAUGGAAUUACUCAGGAUCCAAAUAAUAAAGAGUAUAUGAUGGUUUUAUUAUAUUGUGAAGAUGGAAACUUGAGAAAUUAUUUAAAUGAAUCUAAUGAUUAUAUUAAUUAUAAAUCGAAAAUUGACAAAUUACAACAAAUUGCAAGAGGACUUUUAGAUAUUCAUAAUGCUGAAAAAGUUCACAAAGAUUUUCAUUCAGGCAAUAUAUUAUUUAGUUAUCAUCCAUUUAUAAGUGAUUUAGGAAUGUGUCAACCAGUGAAUAUAAAACAAACAGUUAAAGAAGAAAGAAUUUAUGGAGUAUUACCAUAUAUGUCACCAGAAGUUUUACGUGGAUACCAAUAUACAAAAGCAGCAGAUAUUUACUCAUUUGGAAUAAUAAUGAACGAAUUUCUUUCUGAAGAAAUUCCUUUUAAUGAUAUUCCUCAUGAUGAAUUUUUAGCUAUUAAAAUAUGUAAAGGACUUAGACCAACAAUUUCUAAAGACAUACCAAAGUUACUUGCAGAUUUGAUAAUAAAAUGUUGGGAUGCUGAAAUAGAAAAUAGACCAACCAUUAAAGAAUUGUAUCAAAUACUAAAAGAAUGGUAU